ACUCGCAGGCAGGGCUGGGCCCAACAUGGCGGAAGAGGAGGUGGCCAAGUUGGAGAAGCAUUUGAUGCUUCUUCGACAAGAGUAUGUCAAACUGCAGAAGAAAUUAGCGGAAACAGAAAAGAAAUGUAGUCUUUUAGCUGCACAAGCAAACAAGGAGAACAUCAGUGAGUCCUUCAUCAGUCGCCUGCUGACUAUUGUGGCUGAUCUCUAUGAACAGGAGCAGUAUAGUGAUCUGAAGAUAAAGGUUGGGAACAGAUACAUCAGUGCUCACAAGUUUGUCCUGGCAGCCCGCAGUGAUAGCUGGAGUCUGGCCAAUUUAUCUUCUACUGAAGAGCUGGACCUGUCAGAUGCUAACCCUGAAGUGACAAUGACAAUGCUUCGUUGGAUCUAUACAGAUGAGUUGGAGUUUAGAGAAGAUGACGUGUUCCUGACUGAGUUGAUGAAACUAGCUAAUCGUUUUCAGCUACAGCUCCUUAGGGAGAGAUGUGAGAAGGGUGUAAUGUCCCUUGUAAAUGUCAGAAACUGUAUCCGCUUCUAUCAGACUGCAGAGGAACUGAAUGCCAGCACACUGAUGAACUACUGUGCAGAAAUUAUUGCCAGUCAUUGGGAUGACUUACGAAAGGAGGACUUCAGCAGCAUGAGUGCUCAGUUGUUAUACAAAAUGAUCAAAUCCAAGACUGAGUACCCAUUACAUAAAGCUAUCAAGGUGGAAAGAGAAGAUGUAGUCUUCCUUUACCUGAUUGAAAUGGAUUCACAGCUCCCUGAGAAGCUGAAUGAAGUGGAUCAUAAUGGAGAUCUUGCCUUAGAUCUAGCUCUUUCUCGAAGACUAGAAAGCAUUGCCUCUACACUAGUUAGUCACAAGGCUGAUGUGGACAUGGUAGAUAAGAACGGUUGGAGCUUAUUACAUAAAGGAAUCCAAAGAGGAGAUCUUUUCACUGCCACUUUUCUUAUUAAGAAUGGGGCCCUUGUCAAUGCUGCUACAUUGGGUGCCCAGGAGACACCGUUGCACCUUGUAGCAUUGUACAGUUCAAAGAAACACUCAGCAGAUGUGAUGUCAGACAUGGCACAGAUUGCAGAAGCCCUUCUGCAGGCUGGUGCUAACCCCAACAUGCAGGACAACAAGGGCAGGACUCCCUUACACUUGUCCAUCAUGGCGAGGAAUGAAUACGUCUUCAAUCAGUUGCUGCAAUGUAAACAAUUAGAUUUAGAACUGAAAGAUCAUGAGGGCAGCACAGCUCUGUGGCUUGCAGUGCAGUAUAUCACUGUGUCUUCUGACCAGUCAGUAAACCCCUUUGAAGAUAUGCCUGUAGUAAAUGGAACUUCAUUUGAUGAAAACAGCUUUGCAGCCAGACUUAUUCAGCGUGGGAGCAACACAAAUGCACCUGAUACAAUGACAGAAAAUUGCUUACUACAGCGAGCUGCUGGAGCAGGAAAUGAGGCAGCAGCUCUUUUUUUGGCAACCAAUGGUGCCCAUGUCAACCACAGAAACAAGUGGGGAGAAACCCCGUUGCACACAGCCUGCCGGCAUGGCCUGGCUAACCUCACCGCAGAGCUCCUGCAGCAAGGUGCCAAUCCAAACCUGCAGACAGAGGAAGUUCCACCCUUGCCAAAGGAGGUCGCAUCCCUGACUAAUUUGGGGGAUGGUAUCUAUCUGCAAACACCACUGCACAUGGCAAUCACCUACAAUCAUCCAGAUGUGGUAUCUGUCAUUCUUGAGCAGAAAGCUAAUGCCCUUCAUGCCACCAACAACUUGCAAAUUAUUCCAGACUUUAGUCUAAAGGAUUCCCGAGACCAGACUGUGCUGGGCCUAGCAUUAUGGACUGGCAUGCAUACAAUUGCAGCCCAAUUGCUAGGCUCUGGGGCUUGCAUUAAUGACACCAUGUCAGAUGGACAGACCCUGCUACACAUGGCUAUGCAGCGGCAAGACAGCAAGAGUGCACUCUUUCUCCUGGAGCACCAGGCUGACAUCAAUGUCAGGACGCAAGAUGGGGAGACAGCGCUACAGCUGGCCAUCAGGAAUGAGCUUCCACUUGUUGUCGAUGCCAUAUGCACCCGAGGAGCUGAUAUGUCUGUACCAGAUGAAAAAGGGAAUCCCCCAUUAUGGCUUGCAUUGACCAAUAAUCUGGAAGAUAUUGCAUCAACUCUGGUCCGACAUGGUUGCGAUGCCACUUGUUGGGGUGCAGGACCCAGUGGGUGCCUCCAGACACUCUUGCACAGAGCCAUUGAUGAAAACAAUGAGUCUACUGCCUGCUUUCUCAUUCGUAGUGGCUGUGAUGUGAAUAGUCCCAGAAAACCAGGUCCUAAUGGAGAAGGAGAGGAAGAGGCCAGAGAUGGACAGACCCCCUUGCAUUUGGCAGCUUCUUGGGGACUAGAGGAGACAGUACAGUGUCUUUUGGAGUUUGGAGCCAAUGUUAAUGCACAGGAUGCAGAAGGAAGAACUCCUGUACAUGUGGCCAUCAGCAACCAACACAGUGUCAUCAUUCAGUUGUUGAUUUCACAUCCUGAUAUCCUCUUGAAUGUACGAGACCGACAAGGACUCACCCCUUUUGCCUGCGCCAUGACUUACAAGAAUAACAAGGCAGCUGAAGCUAUCCUCAAGCGAGAGUCUGGGGCUGCUGAGCAAGUGGAUAACAAGGGCCGGAAUUUUCUUCACGUGGCAGUUCAAAACUCUGAUAUUGAAAGUGUCCUGUUCCUAAUCAGUGUCCAGGCAAAUGUGAAUUCCAGGGUUCAGGAUGCUUCCAAGUUGACCCCUUUGCAUCUUGCUGUCCAAGCAGGCUCAGAGAUUAUUGUACGCAAUUUGCUUCUUGCAGGAGCUAAAGUGAAUGAAUUAACCAAGCAUCGCCAGACUGCCCUCCAUCUUGCAGCUCAGCAGGACCUGCCCACCAUCUGUUCAGUACUCUUAGAGAAUGGAGUGGACUUUGCUGCUGUGGAUGAGAAUGGAAACAAUGCUCUUCAUCUUGCUGUUAUGCACAGUCGGCUUAACAACAUCCGGGUCCUGCUGACAGAGUGUUCUGUGGAUGCUGAAGCCUUUAAUCUGAGAGGCCAGUCACCACUACACAUUUUGGGACAGUAUGGCAAGGAAAAUGCAGCAGCUAUUUUUGAUCUUUUCUUAGAGUGCAUGCCUGAGUACCCCCUAGAUAAACUUGACACAGAAGGAAACACAGUGCUGCUUUUAGCAUACAUGAAAGGGAAUGCCAAUUUAUGCCGUGCCAUCGUCCGGUCCGGGGCUCGCCUGGGAGUGAAUAAUAACCAAGGAGUCAAUAUUUUCAACUACCAGGUUGCCACCAAGCAGCUUCUGUUUAGACUGUUGGAUAUGCUGUCCAAGGAACCUCCAUGGUGUGAUGGCUCCAACUGCUACGAGUGCACUGCCAAGUUUGGAGUUACAACUCGCAAACAUCACUGUCGUCACUGCGGACGUCUUCUUUGCCAUAAAUGCUCAACCAAGGAGAUUCCUAUUAUAAAGUUUGAUCUGAAUAAGCCUGUGCGAGUUUGCAACAUUUGCUUUGAUGUACUGACUCUGGGUGGGGUCUCUUAGUGAGCCUCUAGGAGUUCAUACCACUUCCCGGGCCACCUCAGCAGCUGCUCUGCUCACCAGCUUGACCACACCCAGAGACAACAGUUUCUACAGCAGUUUCUACGGCAACAGACUGGAACAGUUAAGGACCAUGGUGUUAGAUCCCCAGGAAACAAUUCUCUAUGAUUGUCAGUGUGUCCGUCUGUGAUUGAAUCCACUAGAAGUCUCAGAAAUUGGACCAGGCAAUUUAACCUUAAGUACUAAACUUAAUAGGAGUUAGGCCCCAUUCUGCUAGCACCACCCAAGGACACUUUUCUCCCAGUAGCUCAUUGUCAUCACAGAGUCUGUCUCUUCCUGUCUAGGCUGACUUCCUAGGCAGAGCCUCACAGUAGGAAGCUGGCAUUUGGCUGCUUGAUAAAAGCUGACUUUACUCAAAGGUCAGUAACUAUGGAAUUUUCUGCAGUGUUUUUAUAAAGAUAACAGGAUCCUCUUGCUCUGAUUUUUUGUUGUUGU